CUUUUGUUUUAAAGCCGCCAUUUGUAAGAAAGCACGAGUGGAAGUUGGUCUUGUAAAACGCAAAUUGGUGGCAAAAGUAACGGUAGCGAACGGUCACAUAGCCAUUACACCUUCAAAAACAAAUUUAAACUAACGAAAUGGAAGAAAAUUGCAGCAACAAAUGUCGUGCGUGUUUAACUGAGGGCGAGCCAAUGCUGUCCUUGUUCGAAGUGUACGAGCAUGAUCUAACUUUGGCGAUGAUUCUGACAAACUGCAUUAGUAAUAUUCAGAUUUCGGAAGACGACGGGCUCCCACCUUACAUAUGCGACAGUUGCAUACUCAUAGUCACGCAAUUCUACAAUUUCACGGUCAUUUACGAAGAGUCCGAUCGUCAUCUGCGAUCAUUGUGCACGAAAGAGAUCGAAUUGUUACAGUCUCCAGUUGAGGUUGAGCUUAACAGUUACAAGCAAGAGCAAGAAAGUGAAUUUGAAACACCAAAUCAUGAGGAAGAAGACGAGGAUGAAGAUGCCGAAUCCAAAGAUAGCAGUUCAAAUGAUUUUCUGGUCGAUGAAAGUCAAGACGAUGAUCUUAUUGCCGAAUUAGAAAGCCCCUCUGCAAAAGAGUCCGAGGAGUUGACAGAAUUUAUUAAGACUGAGAACGAUCACACAGAAAAUGAAAUGCAGACAGUUUUUGAAGAUGUGGUCAAGUACGAAUGUACGAUCUGCGGGGAGGAGCACCUGUAUGCCACACCAUUUCAACAGCACAUGAGGGUCAAACAUCAAAUGACUGACAUUGAUUGCGAAAGCUACGCCAGUAAAGUACGCGUCAAAGUGUACCAAUCGGAGCCAAAAGCUGAGACACAAACUCCUGAAGUGAAACUGGAGUGUGCUGAUUCGGAUUUGAUCUGUAAAUUUUGUAGCAAACAGUUUUCGUACGUGACACAAUUGCAACAACAUUUGAAGCUGCAUGAUGUCAACAAGAAAUACGUGUGUGAAGUGUGUGGUGCCCGUUUUAUCAGAAAAACUUACCUGGACGAUCACAAGGAGGGUCACAGUACAGAAAAGAAGCAUGUAUGCAAAUUUUGCGGCAAAGCAUUCCGUCGAAGAACAGUGCUGCGAGCGCACAAACGUGUGCAUACCCAUCCCAAUCAUUACGUUUGCGAAGUGUGCGGCCGAGCAUUUACAAACAGCAGCACUUUGAAAACCCACAAGCUGCUAAUUCACAUUCGAGAGCGCAACUUUCAUUGUGUCAUUUGCAAUUUGAGUUUUCCCCUCAAAUCUACCUUGAAUAAGCAUAUAAUCCGCCAUCAAAAGCGGGAAAACGGCGAGAAAGGAUUUAGUUGCAGUCAGUGCCCCAUGCAAUACAAAGAUAAAUCAAGUCUUAAACGACACGUUGACGCCAAACAUCAAGGAAAAAUUGAGCUGAUUCCCUGUUACGGUUGUCCCAGGAAGUAUUCGAGUAAAGCAAAUUUAAUGAAACACAUAAGAAGGCAUCAUAGUCCGAAUAUGGUGGUUGCAGAGGAAGUUGUCUUAUAAGAGUUUUAAUUGAUAUGUAAAAAUGUAUUUUUAUAAUUUAGCUUUAUAAGCAUAUUUGUUACAAGAACCAAAUUUCUAAUACUAGAAAUAUUUAGUAUGAAAUUACAACAAUAAAUAUUGGAAUACCUCUUGAGCUGCA